UAUAUGACCAAUCCAACCAAUUAACUCAAUGAUUAAACAUCUUUAUCGAUUUGAUAGCCGGUAUUGAUAUCAUUGCAACAAAUAGUUUGACUCAUAACUGAAAGCAACGUCGAAACCGUAGUCAAGUCUUGACGGGCUGGUGUUUUUUACCAACUCUUGACGGUUGCUGUCUCUCUGUCUCUCUCUCUCUCUCAUUCGGCGAACGCUCUGUUUGUGUUUUUCUCAUACACUUGGAGGUCAACCCGAGCGAGAAUGUAUUCCUCAAGCACUUCCUCGAUUCUGCAGUACCCAUACCCAUCAACGGUUAACGUAUCAAACUUCGUCUCCAUUAAGCUCACUGAAUCCAACUACCUUCUGUGGAAAGCCCAGAUCUUUUGUCUCAUCGAGAGUCAAGAUUUUCUUGGAUUUAUCGAUGACACCAACACAGCACCAGCUGAGACGGUCAGUGUUCCAGAUGAAAGUUCAAGCGAUGGGAGGAGGCAGGUUGUGAAUCGGGAUUAUCUGAUUUGGAGAAGAUCUGACCGGCUUUUGAAAGGAUGGAUUUUGGGUUCCCUCAGUGAAAAUGUACUGAGUUCUGUGGUGGGCUUGAAUACUGCCAGAGAUGUUUGGUCGAAGCUUGAAUCCUCUUUUUCCGACGACUCCAAGAUCCUACAAGUUCAGCCGGAGAGUUCUACGACCACCAAAGACGAAUCUAAAGCAGGACAGAAAGAUCGAAGCUGGUACGUACCCCUUUACGUAGCUGCACUUAGAGGUGACUGGGAGAGCGCCAAAAGAUUCAUGAAGCAAGAUGAAGCUGCAGCCACAGCUAGGAUCACUGCACUCUCGUCGACAGUCCUACACGUUGUGGUUGGAACUGGGAAAACAGUUCACUUUGUGGAGAAGUUGGUAAAGUUGAUGCCAACUGAUGCACUGGCUCUGCGUGAUGAUUAUGGCAACACAGCCCUUAACGUUGCUGCUGUUGUGGGAAACACAGAGGCUGCUGUGAUCCUGGUGAAGAAAAACCCAGCUUUGCUUCAUAUUAGGAACAACACAGGAUUCUUACCAGUCCACAGGGCAGGUCUCAAUGCUCAUAGGGACACCCUUUUAUAUUUGUUAACCAUCCACAAAGAUGACAUAGAACCUGGACCUUUGGCAGACCAGUCUGGUGUUCAACUUCUUGUUAGUGUAAUUGAUUCCGGAUUCUUCGGUGAGUGAUAUUCUAGCUACUAUUUAAGUCCAUGCUCACUUGUUGAAUAAAACAGAAAAAUGUAAACAAACUAUUCAUACACAGAAAUCAGCUAUUUUUUUUAUGAUUCCAUUAAAUUUUGCAGAUGUGGCAUUAGAUUUGGUUCAGCACUACCCUAGCAUGGGUACAAUGAAACUAAAAAAUGGUGACUCUGGAUUGAAAGCAAUAGCUAGAAAGGCAUCUGCAUUCCCAAGUGGAAGUUGUCUAAGCUUUUGGGAGCGCUUGAUUUAUUCUUUUGUUCAUGUGAAGGUGGAGAACAGAUCUCAAGACCCCCAUGGAGGUGACAUCGAGAAUCCAGCUGACAGCAGCCAAGUGUUUGAACAGAUAUGUGGCUUGAUUUGUCUAUUUGAAGGAAAUCAGUUCAUUUAUGUACCAAAACUCAAGCCCCUCCGAGAACAAAAAUUGAUGCAUCACCAAGCACUUGAUCUUGUCAAAAGCUUGUGUGAGAUUAUUAAAUCCCUAAAUGACGCAACAGCUUGCACAUCUCUUUAUGAGGAACCAAUUCUUGUGGCCGCAAAAUUAGGUAUUCAUGAGGUUGUAGAAACGAUUGUGGACACAUUUCCAGAUGCACUUUAUUCCAGGGAUGAAGAUAAUCACUACACGUUUGAAGUGGCAGUCAUAAACCGCUGUGAAAAUGUUUUCAACCUCAUUUAUCAGAUGACUGAGUAUAAGCAAUAUGCAACACUGCUUACAGAUGAUUCUGGGAACAAUAUCUUGCAUUUAGCUGGAAGAUUGGCACCUAUACACAAACUCAAUCUUGUUUCUGGUGCGGCUCUGCAGAUGCAACGUGAAUUACAAUGGUUUAAGGAAGUGGAAAAAUUUGUGAACCCAACCUAUAAAGAGAAGCAAAACUCUUCCAAACAAACCCCUGCAGUGGUAUUUACUGAGGCUCACAGGAAUCUGGUAUAUGAGGGACAGAAGUGGAUGAAAGACACAGCAGGUUCAUGCAUGAUCGCUGCGGCACUUAUUGCCACCGUCGUAUUUGCAGCAGCCAUAACUGUUCCAGGGGGCAACAAUAAUGAGAGUGGCCUCCCGAUUUUUUCCAAAGACCACGCUUUUAUAAUCUUUGCAAUUUCAGAUGCAAUCUCCUUAUUUACAUCCACAACAUCUGUGCUAAUGUUGCUGUCCAUCCUCACUUCACGUUAUGCAGAGGAAGAUUUUUACCAUGUUCUGCCCAGAAGAUUAAUAGUUGGUCUUGUUACCCUGUUCCUAUCCAUUACUACCAUGGUGAUAGCUUUCAGUGCUGUGCUCUAUCUCGUGUUUGGUCAGAAGAAGGCAUGGAUCCUUAUUCCAAUGGCUGCAUUAGCCUGUCUACCAGUUACUUCAUUUGUGUCUUUACAAUUCCCCCUCCUAGUGGAUGUAAUCUCCUCGACAUAUGGACCUGGGAUUUUUGGUAAGCAGAGUGAGCGCCCCUUCUAUUAAGCCAGCAUUUCAGAAGUGUUUGAGCUUAAAAAAUCAGGUUGUUGGGACGGUUUGCAUACAGAAACCCACCAUCGCUUGCUUACCUAUAGCUUAUCUUACAUGUAUAGAUGUUGUGUGUGCUCUGGGCACAGCAAGAAUGAAAAGAGCCUCUAUGAGCAUGAUUCCCUGAAAGAAAAACCGACUUCCAAUGGGCAAAUGUAUAGUUGAGUGAGCCUGAUGCCCUGAAAGAAUAACCGACAUCCAGUGAGCAACAUCUAAGCUGCCAGGGCACAGAGGGGGUCCUCUAGCCGUCCCUAAGUGCAAAAUUCUCAAAAUUCAAGUAUUCAGACAAUCGUGUGCCUCUUUUGUAGGGAUUCAACUCUGUUCCUCUUGGACUGCUUGUAUUACAUGUAAUUUCUAUUCUAUUUCGAUAUAGGAACUUAAACACUUGAAUAGGACCUUUUGUUUUCUGCUUUCUUUUGGACGGCCCCCCACCUCCCCGCCCCCCCGG